AUUAAAAAUAGUAAAUUAAAAUUAUAAUUUAAUAUCAACUAACAAUUAACAUAUAAAUAAAAAAAAAAUGGUCACCUGGUUUUCCUCCCAAUCUCAAACACCUUUACCCAUCAACUCUCAAAAGAAAUAGAAAACGUAAUCUUUAAAAAACAGUUGUGGUUCAUUAGACGAAAUUGGAUUUUCGAAAGGAUCAUCGAUCGCGGAUUGUCAUAAUAUAUUGCGGAUCGCUGUUUUUGCAACAACAAAUUAUCGUCGUAUUUGGGAUCAUGUCUGGGUGUCCGUCUUCGUCGUCGGGAUCGGAGGACGAGGAUGAAGGGAUGGAGUCAUACAGAAAAGGCGGGUACCACGCCGUGAGAAUCGGCGACUCGUUCGCCUCCGGUCGGUACAUCGCCCAGCAGAAACUGGGCUGGGGUCAGUUCUCUACAGUUUGGCUUGCCUACGACACGCAAUCAUCUAAAUAUGUUGCCUUGAAGAUCCAAAAGAGUGCCCCACAAUUUUCUCAAGCUGCAGUUCAUGAAAUUGAGAUCCUUUCUGCUAUUGCUGCUGGUGAUCCCUCGAACACUAAAUAUGUUGUACAAUUAGUCGACCACUUCAAGCAUUCAGGCCCAAACGGGCAGCAUUUAUGUAUGGUCCUGGAAUUCCUUGGUGACAGUUUACUCCGUCUUGUCAAGUAUAACCGAUAUAAAGGUCUUGAACUGAACAAAGUUCGGGAGAUAUGCAAAUGCAUUUUGACUGCUCUGGAUUACUUGCACGGAAAACUAGGAAUUAUACACACUGACCUCAAACCCGAAAACAUUCUUCUAUGUUCUACCAUUAAUCCUUCAAAGGACCCAAUUAGGUCAGGGAUGACUCCCGUCCUCGAAAGACCCGAGGGCAACCCGAAUGGCGGAAUAACAAUAAAUAAUAUUGAGAAAAGACUAAAACAAAGGGCGAGAAGGGCAGUUGCUAGGAUAUCAGAAAGGAGAGUUUCUGUGGGAGGAGUAGGCGUUGUCCCAAAGCCUACUCGGUGCUUGGAUGGGAUUGACUUGAAAUGUAAGGUUGUGGAUUUUGGGAAUGCAUGUUGGGCCGAUCGGCCAAUUGCUGAAGAAAUCCAAACGAGGCAAUACAGGGCUCCAGAAGUUAUCCUUAAUUCCAGUUAUUCCUUUCCUGCUGAUAUGUGGUCCUUUGCUUGUACCGCGUUUGAACUUGCAACUGGCGAGAUGAUGUUUACUCCAAAGAGCGGACAAGGCUUCAGUGAGGAUGAGGAUCACCUAGCUUUGAUGAUGGAGUUCCUUGGAAAGAUUCCACGAAAGAUCGCGACAAGCGGGGCUCGGUCCAAAGAUUACUUUGAUAGAUAUGGUGACUUGAAGAGGAUUCGGAGGCUGAAGUACGGGUCUCUUGAUCGACUUCUUGUCGAUAAAUAUAAAUUUUCCGAUGCCGAAGCUCGUGAAUUUGCAGCUUUUCUUUGUCCCAUACUGGAUUUCGAGCCUGAAAAGCGUCCGACCGCCCAGCAAUGCCUGCAGCACCCGUGGCUCAAUAUCGAUAAUCAAUCGCAUGGUGAGGUAAAGCGUGAAUCCAGCGUUGAGAAGGUGAAUGUUGGCUCAACCAACCCGCAAAUUAAGUUGCACAAGUAAACUUUAGGAAUGAAAAACAAAAGUUUCCCACUUGUUUGUCAAUUUUUCUGUGGUUAGUUUUCGGGAAAUGUUUACCAUAGUCGAUAGAAUAUAUUUUAUUUGUUGACUGGGCUAAGAGGUAAAGUAGACGUGUAUAGCAAACAACCACUCAGCUUUGACGCGUGAAAAGAUUUGCUACGAGACUCUGACUUGGCUGCCUGAUUUGGGACUCUCACGUUGGAUUUGUAGAGCAUUUCGUGAGAAGGGGAAAGUCGGGGUUGAAGGUGGAAGAAUUGCAGAUGAUUUUGAUUGAUGAUACCUAAAGAAAGAGAGAUUCUUCUGGUGUUGCUAUUUUCAGUCAAGAAAUGUGGAAAUUCUAGCUCCAUGAAUAUCAAAGCCACGCAAUCCUGCCCAAGACGAAGAAAUUGAACCCAUGCAAACAAAUCAGGUGGUUUUCCAACCUAUGUCGAGGUCCUGGGGGCAAGAAAGACAUUUCAUUUCUAGAAUAAAAUGAAUCACACCUGACCUAGGUGGAUUGAGUUAUCAUACGUAUCCAUGAUAACUCUCGAUUUGAUCCCGAGCCAAAUGAUAUCCGAGGGCUGCAAUCUUGGUAUCGAAACACAUGAUGUUGGUUGGAUUAUGGGGUUUAUCCCAUCCUAUAUCCUAUGUAGGGAAACAAAUUGCUUUUGUUUAUUUUAAUUGUUGUUGGGUGGCUUUGGUUAUCUACCAUCAAGGGGUGUAGCCAAAAAAAAAAAUUUCAUUCUGGGCUACAAAAUAUGUUGUUGUUAUUCGA